CUUGAGAUAUCAUUCUUUCUUAAUCCUCCUCCUCACCAGAAUCUAACAUUUUAGAACAAAACUCUCUUUGGCCGCAGCAAAGAAGCACCAGUAUCAUGGCUGCACAAGCUCUGGUAUCAUCUUCAUCUCUUACCUUCUCAGGCGAGGCUGCAAGGCAGAGCUUUGGAUCAAGACCCAAUGGAUUCUCCAAAAGGGCCUCCUUCUUAGUCAGGGCAUCUUCCACUCCACCUGUCAAGCAAGGAGCAGACAGACCCUUGUGGUUUGCAUCAAAACAGUCUCUCUCUUACUUGGAUGGCAGCCUCCCCGGUGACUAUGGAUUUGAUCCACUUGGACUUUCAGACCCUGAAGGAACAGGAGGGUUCAUUGAGCCGAGAUGGCUGGCAUACGGAGAGAUCAUCAACGGUCGUUACGCAAUGUUGGGUGCAGUCGGUGCCAUAGCACCCGAGAUUCUUGGCAAGGCUGGUCUGAUACCAGAGGAGACAGCACUGCCAUGGUUCAAGACCGGUGUGAUCCCACCUGCAGGAACAUACAACUACUGGGCAGACCCUUAUACACUCUUUGUCUUGGAGAUGGCACUCAUGGGAUUUGCAGAGCACAGAAGGUUCCAAGAUUGGGCCAAACCUGGCUCCAUGGGAAAGCAAUACUUCUUAGGACUGGAGAAGGGUCUUGGAGGUUCCGGUGACCCAGCUUACCCCGGAGGACCUUUCUUCAACCCCCUUGGUUUUGGCAAGGAUGAGAAAUCCUUGAAGGAUUUGAAGCUCAAGGAAGUGAAGAAUGGGAGGUUGGCCAUGUUGGCAAUCUUGGGUUACUUUGUUCAAGGUCUUGUGACAGGAGUUGGCCCUUACCAAAACCUCCUUGAUCAUCUGGCUGAUCCCGUGCACAACAACGUAUUGACCAGUCUUAAGUUCCACUAAAAUGUAUUGUAUAUUUUACAAGAAAUCUUUUGUUACUCUUGGUGGUUGUUGUUGUCCAGUUGUUGCCAUUAGCAAAAAUCACUAUCACCAAUAACCUUUUGUAUCUCUUUUCACUCUUUCGUGACUGUGGCCUCAUUUGGACAUUCCAUGGUGUAGCCUUGUAAGAAAUGACAUGUUAAACAACUACAAACAUUAUUCAUCA